AUGGCAGCAGAAAGGGGGAAGGGCAGCUGUAGGGGGAGGGGUGUGGGGAUAGGGGGUGGGGGGCAGGGGGAGAGGGGGCUGGGGAUGAUUAGGGUGGGGAGGGGGGCUGGGGACAGAGGGCAGGGCCAAGGAAGGGAGGGGGGAGGGGGUGGGGAUGGGCUGCUGGGGACGAUGGGGGAGGGGGCUGAGGGGGGUGGGGGCCGAGGGGGGCUGGGGACGGGGGGCAGGGGGACAGGGGUGGGGACGGGUGCUAGAGGGAGGGUGACGAGGGGACAGGGGUGGGCCAAAGGGAUGGGGACGACAGAGUAUGGGGAAGGGGGAUGA